CCUCCCUUGAGCAUCCCCAAGCCUACGCCAUUUGUACCGGACGUAGCGACCUUCAUGACACUCAUCGGACGCGGAAUGUCAGCACAUACAGCUAAGAUUCCUUCAUGGGAAGCGUUAUUCACAUUAUCCUCGGAGCAGCUUCGCGAGUCUGGGCUGGAGCCAGCGAGAGCGAGGAGAUAUCUUUUGUGGUGGAGAGAUCGUUUUCGAAAGGGCAUCUAUGGCAUGGGUGGCGAUCUCAAAUAUGUCAAGGAUGGACAAGGCGCAUUGAGAAUAGUCGAAGUGAAGAAACCAGUCAAGGAAGGAGUGACAAGGACUUCAUCAGCGACCCUCACGCAAGAUGCCGGAUAUAAGAAGAUCAUCACCAACAUAAAGGGCGAGAUCCUGGCGCCACCGCCCAAAGUAGACGAAAAAGAAGUCGUGCCCGUCAGCGGCACCAAGAUCGUGCGCGCGAACACCAUCGGAGGCACGGGAAUUGAGUACGUAAAAGGUCAGCAAGGCGCGGCGGUAUUAAAGGUCAAGGACGGUCUGUGGGAACAGCGGAGAGGACAUAAGGUCGAUGGAGGUGAGAGAAGAAGAGCAGAGGUCAGGGCGAAGAGAGCUGCAGCCGAAAGGAAG